AUGAUGAAUAACGACGAGAAAGACGAGAGGAAAAACUUCUUCCUCUCCGAAAACUUCUCCGCGUUGGACGCGCUGAAUUCAGAUGAUACGCACGAUGAUGAUGACGAUGAUUACGAGUACCCAAUUUUUGAUCACAUCGGCAAGUGUCGCUUCAUGUUACCGCGCACGCAUCCGGAUUUUUUGGAUUCAGAGAUGAAAAAUCAACUCCCGAGGCAAAGCGAGGAAAGCAAACGAAAACAGGAAGCGUUGAAAGCGCGAGCGAUGCGACUGAGAGACGCGGAGAAAAAAUUCGCGCAGAGAGAGCACGCGGUAGAAGUCAUCGCCAGUCGGUUUAAAGGAGGAGGACCGUUGUCCUUGCUUUACCGAGCGUUACACGAAAAGAAGCGGGUGAAAAUAGUGACCAGGAACGAGCGAGGCGUGAGAGGGUGCAUGGAGUGUAACAUAUCGGCGUUCGAUAAGUACUUUAAUUUUGUGGCGCACGAUAUCGAGGAGAGGUAUUCGGUGCGGGUGAGGAAGGAGAAGGAAUACGUAAACGGUAAAGGGGAGACGAAAACGAGGAGGAGAAGAGUCAUCGAACAGAGAGAGAGGAAAGUGAGUCAGAUGUUUUUGCGAGGAGAGAGCGUGGUGCUCGUCGCGCUGGCGGAAGACAAAGAAUACAAAGAAGAGGAAGAAGAAGAUAUAGACGCCGAAGACGAUGAAGGAAUAGCCGAUGGCGAGGAGGAAGACGUAGCCUUGGGAUAG